UCCUUGAUUACAACCGCAAAAACGCCUUCCACCCACCAUGCCCGUCGCAACAUCGCGUCGGAAACGUUCAGCCCAACAGCCAUCUUCAGACAUUGAGGAGGACCAGGCCACUCAGGCGCGUCCCGCCGAUGACGUCGACGACGAAGACGCGCCUCGACCGAACAAGAGAGAGAGACAGUCAAAGCGGGCGAAAGGAAAGUCCGCUGCGCGCCCUUUGGAGGCGAUGGAUGAAGAAGGGGAGGAGGAGGAUGAAGAUGACCGUAUCGAUAUCAACCACUUUGAAGAGCAGCCUAUCUCUAGAGCCGAUGGCCACAAAAUUUCCGGCCUGGCGAGUGACUGGCUGCAGCUGGAGAAGGUCAUGACCCAACCGUCGAAUCUGAUGAACAGUGCAGCAGAGGCUUUAGCUGAUAUAACGGGUGGAGAUGCCGAGGCGAAAUUGGAGCAACUGGAUCAAGUGUUGCGCGAAUCACUCGACAUUCAGGCUCUCAUGCGUGGCAACAGUGAGAUUCUAAAAGGGAUCAUGUACGAGAUUGACCAAGGGGUCGAAAUUACUAACGCGAAGGAUCUAUAUCUGGAGAGAGUUGAGAAACUCAAGGACAAGUACGAUGGAAAAACUUCGCGUCAGAAGUACGCGACGAGCGAUCAGUACAUGGAGUUCAAGGAGGCAAUCUUUAACGCAAAACAUAGCUCCAGUGCAAUGCCUCCGAUCACUGACUUCAUUCCUCGAGAGGAUGGCGACGAGAGCGACGACGACGACGACGUUGUGAUUGGCGGAGUGACUCAAGACUUCAGAUGCCCGCUUUCUUUGACCCUGCUGGAGGAUCCCAUGACCUCCACGGUCUGCCACCAUUCAUUCUCUGGCGCGGCUGUCAGGGCCAUGUUCCGUACCAGUACUCGAUUGAAGUGUCCGACGGCGGGAUGCAGCCAAUCCUUCACACUUGCCCAGUGCAUACCCGACCCCAAUCUAGCCAGGAAGGUCAAGGCUUUCGAAAAGAGGCAAGCACGAGCGCGACGCAACAAUGAUGCGGAAGAGAUCAUCGACUGAACGAGCUGUAUAUGUAUACUAAUCCCUAUGAUGUAUCCCUCACCUAGUUUUACCCUAUGACUGGAUCUCCCUUUGUCAAG